AUGUCGUCGACGCCAUCCUCACGUCGUCGGGGCCAUUCAUCGCGCAACUCACAGUCCUCAACUCCAGCAAGGCCAUCAGAAGCGACACCGAGAAGUACCCGGUCAGCAGCCAAUGCAGCCGCCACAGCCGCAUCCUCGUCACCGUUGUUCUUCCAGUCAUCAUCUGCGCGAGGGACACCGGCACCUGCAUCGCAGCCGGCCAACGAUGGCAUGAUCAUAAGUUCUCCUCCAAGACAGGCGUCCAACGCUGGCGAUCGUGAGGCGACUCCUCGCGCCUCAGCACGACCAGUUGCAGAUUCAUCUCCGGUUCGAUAUGAUCCCAGCUCGAGCCCAGUGAGGACCCGCCAUGAGCCCCGGUCAGACAUCCCCACCAGCAGCAGUGGGCUCUUCGUCCGGCAAGAUGGUGCAGCCAGGAUAUCGUCCCGAAGGGGAGACAUACACUCGGAUGCCUUUGCUGCUACUCCAUCGCAUCGCCGUCGAAUCUAUGUUGGUGAGGAUGGUAUGCCUGUCCGAGACGGCCAAGAUCCUGCCUCUGAAGCGACAUUCUCCAACCUGAAUCCGGAUACCUCAGAGGCUGACGCGAUGGGAGGUGAUUCCACAAGAGUCAUCUGGGGUACCAACAUCUCGGUUGUUGACUCAAUGGCAUCUUUCAAGAACUUCCUCUACAACUAUGCAAAGAAAUACCGGAUGUGGGCCGAUGGUGCCACCGAAGAUGAGACACGUGCUCUAGGGGCCAGUGCGGAUGAGAAGGAAUACCUCCAGAUGCUCCAGACCAUGAGGAGACUGGGCGUGCAUGGCCUCAACCUAGAUGCUCGUAACCUCAAAGCAUACCCAGCGACCUUGAAAUUGUGGCAUCAGCUCCAAGCCUAUCCACAGGAAAUCAUUCCUCUGAUGGAUCAAGCAGUCAAGGAUAUCAUGGUCGAGUUAGCUCAGAAAGAAAUGCAAGACCUGCGACGUGCACACGCUGCUGGACCUUCUUCGCGCGCAAGGGACGGCAGUUCAAUGCCUCCGGCGCCAUCCUCAGAUCUGAACCCACCAACACCUGUGGCCACGGGAAAUGCUCCAGAUGACUUCCCGGAUCUUGUGGAAGAAGCAAUGAUCCAGCCUUGGAAGGUGAUGCCAUUCGGCCUUGACAAGACAAUUAACAUGCGAGAUCUUGACCCCGCCGAUAUCGACAAGCUGAUCUCUGUCAAAGGACUUGUCAUCCGCACAACGCCAGUGAUCCCAGACAUGAAAGAGGCCUACUUUAAGUGUUCUGUCUGCAAUCACACUUUGUACGUCGCCAUUGAUCGUGGCAAGAUCGCAGAGCCAACCAUAUGUCCUCGUCAAGCGUGUCAAUCCAAGGACAGCAUGGAGAUCGUCCACAACCGAUGUGUCUUUGCGGACAAGCAGGUUAUCAAGUUGCAGGAGACACCUGAUUCGGUUCCUGAUGGGCAAACUCCUCAUAGCGUGUCUCUGUGUGUUUACGACGACCUUGUCGAUAUCUGCAAGGCAGGUGAUCGCAUUGAAGUCACGGGCAUAUUCCGAGGCAACCCUGUGCGUGUCAAUCCUCGCCAGAGGACUGUAAGAGCGCUUUUCAAGACUUACGUUGACGUGCUCCACGUCCAGAAGGUGGACAAGCGCAAAAUGGGCAUUGACGCGUCCACCAUCGAGCAAGAACUCUCCGAACAAGUCGCUGGCGACGUGGAGCAGACUCGAAAAGUCACAGCCGAAGAGGAGGCUAAGAUCAAGGCGACAGCAGCGCGAGAAGACAUCUACGAUCUCCUGUCAAGGAGUUUGGCGCCCAGUAUCUACGAGCUCGACGACGUCAAGAAAGGCAUCCUGCUCCAACUAUUUGGCGGGACGAACAAAUCCUUUGCAAAAGGCGGCAGUCCACGAUACAGAGGCGACAUCAAUGUCCUGCUCUGCGGCGACCCGUCGACCUCCAAGUCCCAGCUUCUGCAAUACGUCCACAAGAUUGCCCCGCGAGGGGUGUACACCUCAGGCAAAGGUUCCUCUGCAGUCGGUCUGACCGCGUACGUCACCCGCGACCCGGAGUCGCGCCAACUCGUGCUCGAAUCCGGCGCGUUGGUCCUCUCCGACGGCGGCGUGUGCUGCAUUGACGAGUUCGACAAGAUGAACGAAUCCACUCGCUCGGUCCUGCACGAAGUCAUGGAACAGCAGACGGUGUCCAUCGCCAAAGCAGGUAUCAUUACCACCUUGAACGCCCGGACCAGUAUCCUUGCCUCUGCAAACCCGAUCGGCAGCAAGUACAACCCCAACCUGCCAGUGCCGCAGAACAUCGACCUGCCUCCGACACUGCUCUCGAGAUUUGACCUGGUCUACCUCGUCCUGGAUCGCAUCGACGAAGUCAACGAUCGCAGACUUGCAAAGCAUCUGGUAGGCAUGUAUCUGGAAGAUACGCCCGAGAACGCCUCGCGGGAGGAGAUCCUGCCCAUCGAGUUCCUGACCGCGUACAUCUCCUACGCCCGCAACAACAUCCACCCCAGCAUCACACCCCCUGCGGCACGAGCCCUCUCGGACGCCUACGUCGCAAUGCGCAGUCUCGGCUCCAACAUCCAAGCCGCCGAGAAGCGCAUCACGGCCACGACGCGCCAGCUCGAGUCCAUGAUCCGCCUCUCCGAAGCGCACGCCAAGAUGCGUCUAAGCCAGACGGUCGACGAGUCCGACGUCACCGAAGCCGUCCGGCUGAUCAAGUCGGCGAUCAAGGCCUCCGCGACAGACGCGCGCACGGGACUCAUAGACAUGGGCCUGCUUAGCGAAGGGGGCAGCGCCUCGGAGCGGCGCCGCCGCGAAGAUCUCAAGAGGGCGGUCAUCCAGGCGCUGGAUCGUGACCCUGCGGUCAGGAGCGGUAAUCCUAUCCGGUACACGGAUCUGUAUCGCGCGGUCGGCGAGGGGAGCAGUGUCGAGGUCGAGGGCGCGGAGUUCAACGAGGCGGUCAAGAGUCUGGAGCUCGAGGGCCGGGUUCUCGUUUCGGGCGAGGGCGGGAGGCGGAGUGUCAGGAGAGUUACGGGUGUAUGA